UGUUCCCCUUUACAUCUAUUUUCAAAUUCUUUUUAAUAAUUAAAAAAAUUAAAAUAUAUGCUUUAAUUAGAGUAUAAUCACCAAUAUGGCACGACAUAGAAAUGUUCGGUCUAUGCAGUACGAUGAAUUUGAUGAUGAUUUUGCAGUCGGAUCAGUUAAUGAUGAGCCAGAAUGUAUUUCACCGACUGAUGCUCAACAAUGGAUAUUUGAUAGAGCUCGUGGACAAUCUAGUUUAGAUAGUUUUCUUUCAAACAAUGAAGACAUCCAGGAAGAAGACGAUGACGAGGAUGAAAAUGAGUCUCCAUCAAAGGAACGGCGUGAUUCUGAGCACUUUGAAUUUCCUGAAUUAAAUGAACUUGAUAAAAGCAGAUUAUUGUCGUGUAUGGAUGAAAUUAGAAAUAUAAUUGGCGAAACUUACUCCGACAGACGAUUAGUUGCAGCUAUUAUGUCCAACGAUUAUGAUUUCAAUAAAGCACUCGACACACUACUUAACGGAGAAUCUAAACCACAAGUUCAUCAUCAUCCACGAGCAAAAAUACCUGAUGUGGUCGAGAAAGAUUUUAAAAAGAUUUCAAUUAGUGACAAUGAACCGAAAUUUAAUAAUUUAACGGAAUUGAAGAAUUAUCAUUUAGAAAAGAGUUCUGUGCCUUUUACGUCUAAAUUUAAAUUGCCAGUGCUUGGUCAGAGUGCCUUUAAUAAUUCAAAACCAGCAAGUAGUCUCUCAGAAUUUGCCAAUUCACAGCUUAAGAGUUAUCUUAAUUCUAAUUCGAGUGAUCAAAAGCCAUCAAAUUUCUCCAUUCCAAAUAUAUUUGCUAAUAAGUUAAAAGUGUCUGAGGCAGUUCCGAAUAAAGACAGUGAAAAAGUGGUUAUAGAUCUCAAGGCAGCACUUGUGACUGACCAAGAACGAAAGAAAUUACCAAUUAUUAAUGAACAAAAGAAAGUUCAAGUUGAAGAGUUCGUUCCUCAAUUUAUUGACUGUGAAAAUACUGUCCUCAAUGUUUCAAAGCCACUCAAUUUUGAUGAUUAUUGUGAACGAAUCAUGUUAAGUGACUUAAAAAGUAGAUUUAAUUCAAUUCCAUCUGUGAGAUUCAGCAUGAUUGGCAAGAUUAUUAGAAAAAAGUAUCACAAGAGAAUACCACGUCUUGAUUAUCAAACUAGGCACAUUGAAAAACGCUUUAAAUUCGACACUCUCUCGCCAGAUGAACAAAUUAUGAAACAUCUAAAGAAAUCAUAGACAUUAAUUUAUCAUUUAUUAUUAAUUAAGGCAUUAGUAUUGUAAGGAACGAUCAAUUUAAGUAUAAUAUUUAAAAUAAUCUCUCAGGCAUCGGCGAAAUGUUGCUUGAAAAGUCUCAACAAAUGAAACAUCAAAAAGAAGCAGUUACAGUCACAGUAACGCCAGCAUCAAAAAAUAAAACAUCAGGAUUUGAAGUAAAUUCACCAAGAACAUUAACACCAAACAGCUCAGGACGUAAUUCGCCACAAGAAGAUGAAAACAAAGGAAAUCGUACAAAGGAAGCAAUCAGAAAUGCUCGAGAACUUUUUGAGAAAGAACGUGGAUCAGAAAAGGAACAACUUCAUCUUGUUGUUAUUGGACAUGUUGACGCUGGAAAGUCUACAAUGAUGGGUCACUUGCUGUUUGAUUUGGGUAAUGUUCCACAACGUUUAAUGCACAAAUAUGAGCAAGAAAGUAAGAAAAUGGGCAAGCAAAGUUUCAUGUUUGCUUGGGUUUUGGACGAAACUGGUGAAGAAAGAAAUCGUGGAAUAACUAUGGACUGCGGAUAUCAAAGAUUUGAAACACCAACAAAGCAAGUGACAUUAUUGGAUGCUCCAGGACAUAAAGAUUUUAUCCCAAACAUGAUUUGUGGUGCCAAUCAAGCAGAUGUAGCUAUUUUAGUUGUUGAUGCAACACGAGGAGAAUUUGAAACUGGAUUUGAGCAAGGGGGACAAACGAGAGAACAUGCAUUGCUUGUUCGCUCAUUAGGUGUUAGUCAACUCUGUGUAGCUAUCAAUAAAUUGGACAAUGAAAAAUGGAAUCAAGACAGAUUCAACGAUAUAAUGAAUAAGCUCAAGUUCUUUUUGAAACACGCUGGAUUUAAAGAUUCGGAUGUUCAUUAUAUUCCUUGUUCAGGAUUAACUGGUGAGAAUCUCGUCAAGCCAUCGACGGAAUCUGAAUUGAUCAGUUGGUACAAAGGACCGACUUUAUUGCAGGUUGUAGAUUCAUUCAAAGUCCCAGAGAGAGCUAUUGACAAACCAUUCCGUAUGUCGGUAUCAGAUGUUUUCAAAGGAGUUGGAAGUUCUGGAUUUUGUAUUUCGGGACGAAUUGCAUCAGGUCAUGUUUGCACUAACGAUAAAGCCUUGAUCUGUCCAAGUAAGGAACAAGGCGUUAUAAAGCAUAUAACAAUUGAUGAAUUUCCAGUUCAAAGUGCUUUUGCUGGUGAUCAAGUUUCGAUUACAUUAACUGGUGCCGAUCCUACAAACGUUUCUGUAGGCUUUAUUCUUUGUGAUACUCAUAAUCCAGUUCCGCUCGCAACAAAAAUCAAAGCACGAAUUAUUGUCUUUAACGUUAAAUCUCCAAUAACAAUUGGAUAUCCCGUUCUUUUGCAUCAUCAUUCUCUCGUCGAACCUGCAACUGUUUCGAAAUUGAAGGCACAACUUCAUAAAGGAACUGGCGAGAUUAUUAAAAAGAGUCCGAGAUGUCUCACAAACAAUUCGUGUGCAUUAAUUGAACUAAGCUUUCAACGAGUUAUUGCAAUAGAGAAAUAUUCAGAUUUAAAGGAAAUGGGACGAAUCAUGUUGAGAGUUGGAGGAACAACAAUUGCGGCUGGACUUGUGACCGAUAUUAUUAACUCCUAAUUUUAAAUGACUUAAAUAAAUAUAUUUUGGGAGUAGUGACAUCUAAUGAACUUGUAAGGUGGUCAAAAAAAAACCCAAUCGACGUCACUAAGAAUAUAUAUAUUUUUUCUUUUAAAACUUUUCAACCUUUUCGUUAAACGCUGAUGCUUUCGUUAAAUUCUUAAUAAAUAUAUUAUAUAAAAGAUAAAUAAAACUGAAAAUUUGAUAAAAUAGA